CGGCCGGGGUUUUCUCCAAUGUGCGCAGGCGCUCUUGUCAACGUAACCUCUUUCCCAGGAUCCUUUUCGCUUCUGGUCUCAAAGUUCAAUCCCGUUCCCAGAUCACUGUGCCCUCGGUUGACCUUCACGGACCGGACGCCUUCAAAGAUGGCCGCUCCUUUGUGCAUUUGUGCGCAAAUUGUAGUUUUUCCUCAGGGACGAUGCGAGGAAGGACCUUUCGAUGUUUUUGUAGAGAAAGGCUUGAUUGCAGCGAUUGACAGGUGCACAGGAAAUUGUGGCAGUGAAAAAUUAACUUGUCAUUUUCUCACCCCUGGGUUUGUGGAUAUUCACAACCAUGGAAUGGGUACAAUCCCAUGACUGAUUAAUUUACAGGAGGAGCUGAUGAUGUUGCAGAGUUUUGGUUUAAUCCAGAUUUUACAAGAGCUAAGCUAGCUCAAAGUGGAACAACAUCGUUUCUGGCUACAGUUGUCUUCCCAGAACAUCCUCUGAGCAAUAAAAUGGGCAAACUUUUAAACACCCUGGAAAGCCAUGUAGGACUUGUUGACUGAGAAGGGGCUGUAUUAGAAGGGAUCCAUUCAGAGGGACCUAUCAUCACAGACCUUGGUGGUCUUCCAGGAAGUUACAAUGAAAUGACUUCUGAUGAGUUUAAACGGAUCCUUGAAAAGAUGCAUCAUUUAAAAAUCAUGACAAUCAGUCCUCACCCAGAAGCAUCUAAUGAUUACAAGAGAAUAAAAUGUCUUCUGAAAAGGGGUGUGGUACCAGCUCUUGGUCAUGAUAAACAAGCCACUGAGGAUGAAAUCCUAGCUGCUUUGUCUCUGGGUGAAACACAACAGUUUCAUUUGACACACCUUUUCAAUGUCUGCUCGUUCCAUCACAGAUCUCCAGGUCUGGUCAACUUUAGAGUCCUGGAUGAAUUGCCAAACCUUCCAAAGUACAGAGGCAUAAAAACUCCCACAGUGGAAAUCAUUGGAGAUUUAGCUCAUGUAGAUCCCCUAACAAUAUCAUUGCUGCUGAAGAGCCGUCACUUUAAGAACAUUGCUUUCAUAACUGACUUCCUGGAGCAAUUAUCAAGUAUGGAAACAGACAAAUGCAAGUGUCUCCCAGUGGUCGCACCAUGUCAAUUAUUGGAACAAACACCUUGGCUGGUAGUUGCAGCACUCUGCUUGAUACAUUUCAUUUGCUGUUGAACAUUUUUGGAGUCCCCAUAGGUAAAGCCGUGGCAAUGUUAUCAGAGAAUCCUGCCAGGUAAUUCGAAAACCAUUCACUUGUAACUUUCUGGUUCAAAGACAAAAAUAUAAAUUCUCCUUUCCAAUUGCUAUAUUUACCAUAAAUUAUCGCAAGUCUUCUACUGAUAGUUUUGAGAAGUAUUAAUAUCCGUUGUUGUUUAUUGUCUAUAUUCAUAACACCUUCCUGCCAAGAACAGUACUUUAGUAGACAAAUAACAUAGUCAAGCCUAUACAGUCAGACCUCAGUAAUUUGGAUUUGGUUAGAUAUUUCAAAUUCCUCGUUAUUUCAACCGUUUCCCUUGAAUUUGUUCUUUAGUGAGUUAUUUAUUAUCUGCUAUUUUGAACUCCUGCUAUUUCAAACUAUUUUUCAAUUUCGCUGAGAGUUCAAAAUAGUGCGGCUCAACUGUAUUUAAAUGUAAAUAUAGGACAGGGCUACAUGUACUGUAGGUUAUACAGAUUUUUGGUCUGUACAUUAUAGAGGUGUCUGUAUUAUUUUGCAAAAGCUAUCUCGAAGAAGAGGUUUGAUUGUGACAUAUUUCAGCAGCAUUCUGUUAUUUCAAUACAUGGAUGUCUUCAAAAAUGCAAGAAUAACAAGACAAUAGCUAUCUUACAGCAUACACAUAUUUCUUUUAUUCUAAACAGAACGAAAUAAAUUGUAUACCGAAAUGUGUUUUUACAUAAAUUUUUGGUUUCAGAAUUGCCAAGAUUUCCCACACUGGAAGAACAGAAGUGGGCAAAAGGGCAGAUCUGCUUUUAUUUAAUGAAAAUUUAAGCCUUCUAAGAACUGUAGUUUAUGGAAAAGUUGUUUUUCAAACAAACUAAAUCAGACUUUCACAAGAAAAUGGCUACAUAACCCACGCAUUUGGCAAUUUCUGUUUGCUCUUAAGGUCGGCACACACGAGGGGACUGCAACUAGUCCCCUGAAGAGUUUACACAAAGGGACUGGUCGC